AUGGCAUUGCUAUGUGGAAGCUGCACGGCGGUGCCUCGCACUCAUAACUAUUACAUUCUUCUUCUUUCUUCAGAAACACAACAGCAAAUAACUCAAGCAGCCAUGGAUGCCGCAAGUGCAGCUCCUCUCCACAUAGCAAUAUUCCCAUGGUUUGCUAUGGGCCACCUGACCCCGAAUCUUCACCUCGCCAACAAGUUAGCAAAGAGAGGCCACAGAAUCUCCUUUAUAGUCCCACAAAGAACACAAACCAAACUUCAACACCUCAAUCUUCACCCUCAUCUCAUCACCUUUAUUCCUAUCAAAGUUCCUCAUGUUCAUGGCCUUCCUCGCCAUGCUGAGACCACUUCCGACGUCCCUUUCUCUCUGUUCCCUCUUAUUGCCACCGCUAUGGAUCACACACAGAAGGACAUCGAACUGCUCCUCAGGAAUCUGAAGCCACAAAUUGUUUUCUUCGAUUUCCAACAUUGGCUACCCAAUUUGACUCGAAGCCUAGGCAUCAGGAGUGUCAUGUACUUCAUAGUUUAUCCUCUAUCAACAGCAUACCUCGGGAAAGGGCCAAGACAAGACCAAGGAAGAGAAUUAACUGAACUUGAUCUAAUGGAACCACCUAAAGGGUUUCCUGAUUCGUCAUUCAAGUUUCAGCUACAUGAGCUUCGGUUCCUCGUUGCAACGAGGAAACUCGAAUUUGGAAGUGGUGUUCUUCUGUACGAUCGGUUGCAACAUAGUCUUAGCUCAGCCGAUGCAAUUGGAUUCAAAGGUUGCAGAGAAAUUGACGGGCCAUAUGCGGAGUAUCUUGAAACUGUGUAUGGGAAGCCUGUUUUGCUUUCAGGGCCUCUUUUACCUGAGCCACCAAACUCUACUCUGGAGGAAAAAUGGGUUGCAUGGCUCGGGGGAUUCAACCCUGGUUCUGUUGUUUUCUGUACAUAUGGAAGCGAAAGCCCGUUACCACAAAAUCAGUUUCAAGAGUUGUUGCUUGGUCUUGAACUAACAGGUUUCCCAUUUCUUGCAGCAUUUAAGCCCCCUGAUGGAUUUGAGUCUAGUGAGGAAGCUUUGCCAGAAGGGUUCAGAGAAAGGGUUGAAGGAAGAGGGAUUGCAUAUGGAGGUUGGGUGCCACAACAACUGAUACUGGGACACCCUUCAAUCGGUUGCUUCAUAACACACUGUGGAGCUUCUUCAGUAACAGAGGCACUUGUGAAUAGGUGUCAGUUGGUGCUGCUGCCAGGACUCGGGGGUGAUCUUAUCAUCAAUGCGAGAAUGCUUAGCAGAAAGUUAAAGGUUGGGGUGGAAGUAGAGAAAGGUGAAGAAGACGGUUUCUUCACCAAAGAAAGUGUGUGCAAAGUAGUGAAAACUGUGAUGGACGAUGAGAAUGAGGUUGGAAGAGAAGUGAGAGAAAAUCAUACCAAACUGCGGAACUUCUUAAUAAGCGACAAAUUAGAGUCAGCAUGCGUUGAUAGUUUCUGUCAACAACUACAAGAUUUAUUAUAA